GAAAGUAAGUAGCCAAGGAAUCGUGGAAGAUUCCAAAAUCGGCAUAUCAUUUCAAAUAUCCAUUGGAGUUUCAAGUGGUGGUGGGCUUUUUCCAAGUGUAUUGAAUAAACUUGAAAUAUGAUAGAAAAUAAUCCAACGGAAGGAAGCGACUCAUUUUCGACAGAAGACUUGGUGCAACACAAGGAGAAGGAGUUGCAAACUCUUAUAAAGGUUCGAGACCAUACCCGAGAAAUAUGGGAACAACUCAAGUUGAGAAUACAAACGUUUGAAAAGUAUGAAACAAUAUUAGCUGAUUUGGCAGGAACUAUAUCACAAUGGAAAGAAGUUUCUUGUUAUAGUACAAACAUCCUCGAGGGUAAAGAAUACAUAAAAGUACCUUUGGAAGAUACAACAACACAGUAAAACUAGGUGGAUUCCUUUGAAGAUUCU